GGUCCUGUCUGCGUGCAGCACGUACUUCGACACGAUCCUGUCGCAGUACGAGGAGAAGGACCCGAUUGUCAUAAUGCGCGACGUGAAAUUCUCGGAUAUCAAAGUUUUGGUCGAGUUCAUGUACAAAGGAGAGAUCAACAUCGAUCACACGAGAUUGUCGUCCCUGCUGAAAACCGCGGAGGAUCUGCACAUCAAGGGCCUGGCCGAGGUGAGCUGGCGCAGCGACUCGACACAGAACGACCUGAGCAACAGCGGGCACAGUCCCGGCGCGGCGACCCCCGGCGUCGAGACGGUCCUCAGGGAAGGUGACGCCGAUGAACCACCGCCGCCGAAGCAGAGACGCAGAGGGCGUCCGCCUCUGGACGAUCCACCCUCGGCCCACGAUGUGUUCACGCCGAAAAUCACCUGUAUCACCGGAAAUGAGGAAAUGAUGAGCGAGGGCGGCGACCACGAGAGCUGGGACGACGAGAUGAUGAUGAACGAGAAUAACGAAACGCCACUGCCGGUGCUAUCGUACAUGUCCAAGGAUGACAACGCAUCCGAUCAGGAAAAGAAAGUGCCCACCACACCCUCGAAUUCCAACGCCACGAACCCAUCGAUUCCCGAGCAAUUCCGAGACGUCGUGAAGAUGAACGAUUACCUGACGACGGGACGCCGCCAAGAGUUCUGGGAGGAGCCGUUCACGCGACGCGUUAUGGACGCCAUUAAGAGCAAAGAACUGGAAAUGAAGACUGCCGCCGAGCUACUCGGCGUCUCCUACGGAACCCUCUACGGCAGAUAUCGCGACAGUUAUGGUUGCCUUAAACAUCCGUAUAGAGUAAGGGACUUCUGGUCCGAGCCUGGGCCAGCGGAAGUGCUCGCGAAGCUACGAAGGAAGGAGAUCACGUUGUUCCGUGCGGCCGAGGUGCUGAACGUGACCGUGCACACGUUGGCCACCUAUCUGUCGACGCUGCAGGGCCCGGACAGGAUCUCGUUGGCCGGCGACCUGAGCGUCGCGUCCGGCGCGUUCGACGGCAACAACGAGACGCCGGAGAACAACGAGUCGAUGAACGACAUCCUGCAGAAGAUCAACGCGAACGCGGCGACCACGGCGACGCCGACCACGUCGACGCCGAUCAAGCGCGAGGGCGGCGGUUACAUCGAGGUGCCGACGCCCGUCUCGAAGGCGGCCACCUCGGUGCUCGAGAACAACCCGGACAUCACGAUCGUGAAGGCGGAGAACAUGCCCCGGAAGCGGGAGUACGCGAAGGUCUCGAACACGGAGAACAACAACGCGAAGCUGAUGAGCGGCGGCGCGGUCAGCGAGCUGACGCAGCAGCAGCAGCCGGCCCAGCAACAGCAGAAGAUCACCGAUCCGCUGUCGUUAAACAACGACAACAGCAAACCCUAACUAUUCAGGCCUUAUCUGCAACCGGCGAAUCCCCGUGCACCGAGCGCUAGCUACAACAGGUCCGAGCUGUGCCCGCGCAGAUUCUAUUCGAACGUGUUUACUCGCUUUCUCACGAAUUUUCAUUUGAAGUAGAAGAGAGGACGAUGGAGAAGACGCGCGGAGCGAACACGAUGGA